CAAGGAUCUUUAAGUCAGUGCAGGAAGGUAAAGGGGAAGGAGAUUUUACCCCCACCAAACUAAAAGCACCUGUUGCCUUUGCGUCGUCACACAGUGGAGGAACACCAACCCGCCACGGCACCUCAGUAUAGCGCAGAAACUGCGCAGGUUCGCAGCCUGAUAAAAAUUGAAAGAAAAACACUUAAUUAUAAUUAUUUGGUGAUAUAAUUAUGUUAAUUAAACCAUAAUCAUAAUAAUAAGGAUGACGAUCACUAUAUUCAUGUUACAAAUAUACCCUUAAACGGCUGAUGUGGAGUGUGCGGUGUGCGAAUGCAAUGUGCUUAAAAAUUAAAAAACAAAACAACAAUAACAUUACGUAGCAAUAAAAGAAAAAGAAAAAACGAUAAAAAAUUUAUUAAUUUAAUUCCAACGAUUGUUUUUCCUAUAAUAUUCCUCUUCAACGUUAUUAUUUUAAUAUUUCAGAUGCAUAAUAUAUAUUGAAAACAUAUGCAUAGAUAUGUGUGAAGUGAAAAUGUUAUCAGUCAUAUGAUACAGUGAAUUGGUGAAUAAUAUUAUUUAUACACAAUUUCGGGCACCAAAUUAAAGAGAAAAAAAGGAGAGCAAGAGAAAGAAAUCUUUCGAAAUUAAGUCGAUUAAGAACCCCGGCAGAUUGAUAACAACAUAAUUCGUCCUCCUUACACAAAAGCCGCGCCCUAAAAGAAAAAACGAAACGCAAUCAAAAAGCCAAAAAAAAAAUAUAUACAUAAAUUAAAUAAAUAAGUAAAUAACAGGUCGGCAUGAGGGCUCUGAAUAAUCACAGCGUUAUAAAAAAAGAAGAAGAAGAAGAAGAGGAAUCUGGUGCUGCUGGUGCAGUGUGAAUUGGAAGUUUAAUUUUUGCAAAAAAAUUAAUCCAAUUUACCAAGAAUAUGGAUCAAGAUUUGGGAAAUCAGGAUGCAUGUUUUGGGAGUGGUAGCAUCGCGGGGGCCGUUAUUGGAACUUUUCUUACGACGAUUUUACUUUUGGCUGUAGCCGCCCUAUUUUACAGACAGUGGAGACGACACAAGGGAAAGCACCUGGUGCUCGUGACGGAUCCGGAGAUCGUUGAGGACACUUACGCCUUCGAUAAUCCCUGUUUCAAGGACGUUACCAAUCCGGCAAUCGCUAGGACGAUAGAACGUCCAAUUUCCGUAGCAUCGGUAGCGUCCGCUGAAACUCCUGUGAAAGAUGCUACGAGGUGGUCAACGUCCUGGUCAUCCCUCGGACUCGGGUCAGUGGUCAGAAAUGACAAGAGACGUACGCUCGACGAUUCCUGUCUCGGGCCGAAGGCGACCAGAGUCGGUGUGGUCAGUCUCAGAAGCCGGGAUUUUACUGGUCUUGGUUUCAACGUGUGCGGAAAUAUGAGAGAAGGUAUAUUCGUCAAAGAUCUACUCCACCGUGGUCCAGCUUCGGAAUCCGGUCGAAUCCAUCCUGGGGACCGGAUAGCCAGCGUGAAGAUAAGCUUCAGGAAUAUGGUGUACGAAGACGCAUUGACGAUAUUGAGUUACGCAUCGCCGUACGAUGUUGAACUGGAAGUUGAAUCCGGCGGUGCAGGUUCACGUCCGACGACCCUUUUGAAAAAAAGCGUCGGCCCGAGUCCGGCAAAAAUCUGUCAUCCUUUUUACAGAAGUCAAUCCAUUCCGGAACUUUCUCAAAGUCAGAAAUCCGUGGCGAAGAGACUUUUCACAGCUGACCUUGGCGACGCCCUUGGAUCCAGCCCGAUAAAAUCCCCCAAGUCAACGGGGGGUGGUAAUCACACACCCGAAAGACAUCACUCGCACGAAGAAUCGACGCCGAAAAGUUCGACAAAUCAUCAAAAAUUUGGGAUAAAAGUUCUUCCGGCAUUAGACGGAACGGUUCAUAAAAUUGAGAAUCAAAAUGAGCAUAAUACUAAUCUUGAACGUCGUAAUUCAAAGAAAAUUGAAAACGACGAGAACCUACCGAACUCCAAAAAUGUCGUACAGAUAGCCGCGGACACGACACAUUUAGAUGUUAAAAGGUCAUCGGAGAAAAUUCAGCAAAGAGAAAAUGGCCUCGAUCUUGGAAACUCUAGAGCCCGGGGAGCACUGGAACAAAACGGGAUCGAUGUACCCGAUAAAGGAGAUAAUAACGAGGAACGAAUGAUACCAGAGGAAAUACCAGAGGAGGUCCACAAUGCAGCUGUGGCUGCUAGAAGAAAUAGAAGAAACAGCGCUGAAUUGUUGGGACCGAAUAAAAUUUCCAAGGAAAUGUCAAGGGAAUCUAAUUUAAAUUUGCAACAUGAAUCGGAAAGCGAUCGGUUGGAAACGAAGAGUCCUCUGCAGAAAAAUAAACGCAAGGCACCCGCCCCGCCAAAGGAAAUGGUACCCGGUGGUAGCCCGGAAGAGGAAAAAGGAAAAAUUGCUGGGAAUUUACCGCAGAGUAACAGCGAAACGGCUGGCAGCGACGAUAAAUUUGAUAGCAUAACCGAUUACGCCGAAUCUCUGAGCGAUUAUCUUAAUAAAGUUAGGGAAACUACGGAUGGAGCUGAAGCUAGGAGACAAAGACUUGAAAAUCAGACUUGUAGGAGAAAUUCCGAAUCUGAUACGGACAGUGAAUUGCAGAAUAGUUUUACGACUAUAGAACUUAAUCCUGCUGACAUUACGAUACAUCAUACACCGGUGCCCGAAGCCGAUGACGACGUUUAUAGAAAAGCGGCGAGUCUUGGAGAUCUGUCAAAAUACGAGAGUAGAGCUACAUCGACUUUGGAAAGAGCGCAGAGUCUGGAUAUGACCGAUACUUCGGCUUCUAAAAAACGGAAGGCCCCGCUGCCUCCCGAGGAUAUAAACGAGUCUACCGAAGAUCUGAGUAAAUUGGACGACAUGGAUACGUUCCAAAGGAGAAAACUGAAGAAAUCCAACGAAUGGGGAACGCUUGAGGAUGCGAUUUGGGCCAGAGGUGAUACGGGAAUCGAAGAACAGCUACAGGAUGGGGAUAACAAUACGAAAAUGAGAAAGCGUAGCAAGGGGACGUUGGAACGAUCGAAGUCGGCCGUUGAAAUAAAACCAAAGUUCGAAGAGACCCUCAGACAUUUUGACGCUUCGAAUCUCCAGGAAGGAGAAGUGAGCGUCGAACUUUACAAUCUCCCCCUCAGCAAAAGACUCAGCCUCGAAUUCAUAAGAGGCGAAAGAAUGUUCGACCCGGACGAGGACAAUUCCCUUGCUCGAUUGGUAAACGACGGUAACGUUGUGAAAAGUCCGACCUUUGAGGAAGUCGAACUGGAUUUUCGGCAAGCCAAACCACUCCUGGACGAUGAAAGAGAGGCUCGCGUCGACCUAGAAGACGCCCUCGCGUACUUCGAUGUGAGAAGAAGCGCGGGAGAAGAAGAGGAGAAAGAGGGCAAGAUCGAAAAGCGGGAGAUCAAAUCUAGCGAAGCUAAACCAAUUUAUUUAACUUAUGAAAACGUUGAGGAGGUCCGGGAAGAACCUAUGAAAAAAAUUACAGUGGACACCAGCUGUCCCGGAUGUAGACGCGCUUUGAACGGAGAACGCGAUGGAACUUGCAACAAACAUAGUUUCACUGCCGGCGACUUUUCAGAAGAUUCCAAAAUUAUCCCCGACAUAAUACAGACGACUAAGGAACCGAUGAUGACGGUUUUCAGCGGCGGAACGACAACCCCGUCGACAUAUCUGAUCGAAGGUAUAGGUAAACGUGAGUCUGUUUCAACUUUUCUUACGAACAGGACGAAAUUUGAGACCCCGAAAAAGGAGAGCACACAAAACGACAACGCAGUCGUAUUCGAAACCAACUUUGGUAAACGAAUCGCCGAUUACCAAAGUGAUGCAGAAAAUCCCACAGAGGAUGUUCAAAAUGUAACGGUCAUUAACAGCAAAGUAGACGACCGUAGAAACGUAAGUAAUGUUAGCGUAACCGAUCGGGGAGAAGCAAUCGUUAAGGAAUCGGAGAAUACGCCACCUUUACCGAGUACCCCGAUGCCGUUCCCUGCUCCCCAUAAAAUGACGUAUAUAACAGAAAUCAAGGUAUCAACUAGUCGGGAAAACCUGAGUGAUCGUGACGUCGAAAGUGAAAACGAAGAGAUCGUAGGAAUAAUGGGGAUUGGAAGUCCAGAACGCCGUUUACAGGGAGUAACUGUUACUUCAAACGGAAAAACUGUGGCUGGCAAGAAACCACCAAUCCCACCAAGAAGGUCGGAAGCCUCAAAAGCUUCGGGACUGGACGCUGAAAAGCAGGUAGUAUACGUUUCAGAAAUGAAAUCGACCACAACGGGUCAAGUAAAGGAUGACGAAGAAGUCCCAGAAGUCAGCAAAGCCGUGGGGGGUAUUGGAAAAAAAUUUGAACAAUGGGUAUUCUUGGGAGAAAACAAAGAAAAUCCAUGGGGAAAUAAUUCGGGACAACCCCAACCUGUAACAAAUAUAAUACUCCAGAAUAAUUCGAAUGAGGAUAAAAUAAACAAAAUAUUACAAAAGUAGGGACCGAAGGAAUAAAAUAUAAAUGUAAAAAUAACGAUGUUGAAAAGAAUAAGAUGAAAAUUUAUUUUUUUGCUCUAGAAAAAAUAAAUCAAGAAAUUUCAGUGCCUUCGUAUAUUAGUGAUAAAAAAUUAGAUCAAUAAAUUAUAUUAUUGCUGAUGGGCCGACGAUAAAGUAUAAAAGUUUUCAAAGCUACGUGCCAUAUAAUAUCGAAUUAGUGGAUUUUUAUAACGAGCCCAAUUAGAAUUAUCUACACCAAUUAUACAUGGAAUGAUAAAAAGAUAAAAACGAAGGAAAAAAAUAAUAGAAAUUGUGAAUGCUCGGGGCCUUAUAUUGUACCUAUAUCGUAACGAGUACAACGUAAAAGCGGAAAUGCAAUAUGGAUAUUAUAUGAAAUAUGUUAUAAGCAUAACAAAUACGUGUUUACUUUUAGUUGAAAAGAGUAUAAUAAUUUAAAUUUACAUUGUAGAAUGUUUAGGGUCUUAAGUUUUUGUAAAUACAGGCCAGUGCGUCCAACGCGUACACCAUGUACGUACACCGUAAUAUUUAUAAUCGAGGAACACAAUUUUUAUUUUUUUUGCUUCCACAUCGCCGUAUCGAAGGCGAAAAAGAUGUUAAUUAACAAUAUAAAUCAAGUCGAAUGAUUUUUAUCAAUCUGAAUCAACGAUGCAUGGAAUAUGUAUACAUAGUAACGUAUGAAUUUAUUGGUACGAAUUAGAUCAUCAUUUAAUUGCUGAGUAAGUAGUUUCUUUGAUUCUUCUUUUUUCCAAAUACGUAAAUUGCAAUUCCGUAUCCUUGAAAUAAUUGUUGCAUGAUAUAAUCGAGAUUUUACAUGUGUAUGUGUAUGAUGUACGUACAUAUAUCAGCUGGGUGAAUAGCUUGCAAAUAUUAUAAAUGAUUAUGAUGAGUAUCUAGUUAUGUGGAUGAUGAUGAUGAUGAUGGUGAUGAUGAUGACGACAACAACAACGACGAAGACGACAGUGACGACAAUAAUGAUAUUUGAGAAUUUUAUAUUACUGUUUGGCUCAUUUACAGAUUUGAUUUUUAUUCAAAAGCAAUAACACAUGUUGUACAUUUUAUUUCUUAUAUUUAAUUAGCAGAUACUUUAUUCUUUAAUGAUUAACUUUAUCAUAUUUUAUUGAACAAAUGCAAUGGUGCCACGGAAUUUGUUUUUCUACAAAACGCAUCCUGAUCCAAGAAAAUAAUUUACGAAGUUAUUACCAUUCUUUUUAUUAUUAUUACUAUCAUUUAUUAUAAAAUUUUUCCAUGCAAAUCAAAUUUAACAAACAAUUGUUAUAGCGAUCAUGAUACAAUGCUGAAUGCUUAAGAUAUUAUAUCACGUAAGGCUGUAUAAUAAACUUGAUUCAAUUAAUGUCUUAUUUUCUAUAUAUAUAUAUAUACACAUAUAUAUGUAUAUGUAUGUAUAUGUAUCAUGAUUAUCAUUGCUUAGUAUGUAACAAAAGUUUGUAUCACAAAAUAAACAAAUCUCAUUGUGUACCUAA